CUGCAUCUCAGGAUUCUUUACUCAGGCCUGAGCUGGUUCUCUUAAUCUCACACACUCUUCUCUGUAUUUCCAUUUCCUUCCAAUCGAAGGACAGAAUCACAAUUUUUUAGUCUUGAAUCCUCUGAACGUUGUUUUCCUCGCUGCUACCGCCACCUUCAUCCUCCUCAUAAAGGGUCUGGGCCAUGCUCUGUAUGCUAUGUGCUCUGUAUGCUAUGUGCCGCUGCUCUGUAACCAUGAGAGCACCGUCCUUCUCUCAGGUGGUUUUCAAAGUGUGCAGGGUAUGAAAUGCACUCUGGGAGGAACAUCAUGCUCAUAAAUGACCUCGUUACACUGCAGUCUCUUUGAUUCCGACUUUACACUCAGGAUGAAAUACUCACACUGCAGUCUGACGGAACGUGGGAGAAAAAGCGAGCGAUUUUAGAAUUGUCGCUUCAGUUAAGAAGCGCAUUAAGACAUGGCUUUUUGUUUUGAUUUCUUUUCAUCAGCUGUGCUGAAGGCCUACUUCAAAUACAACGAAUGUUUGCCGUCACGCAUCGUGGCGUAUCGAGAUGGCGUGGGCGACGGCGUGCUGCUGAGCAUAGUCGACUACAAAGUGCCUCAGUUCAUGCAGUCCAUCAAGGCCAUGGGUGAAGAUUACGCGCCCAAACUGACCGUGUUGGUGGUGAAGAAACGCAUCUCUUCCAGAUUCUUCGCUCUCCUCGACGCCAGACUGAGCAACCCUCCUCCCGGAACGGUCAUCGACGCCGAAGUCACGUGACCCGAGUGGUGUGUUCAGGCAUAGUUCAUCGAUCUUUUUCUCUUUUUCUAGCGGUCUUUCUGAUCGCAGCUUCAGGUUACGUUCGAACGCUGAUGGCUUGAUUUGUCAGGUACGACUUCUUCAUCGUGAGUCACAAAGUGCGCUUCGGCAGUGUGGCCCCCACUCACUACAACGUGGUGUACGACAGCAGUGUCCUCAAACCAGACCACAUGCAGAGACUCACCUACAAACUCUGCCACAUGCAUUACAACUGGCAGGUAAAAGCCACACACACACACACACACGUUCAUACGGGAGGAGGGUUGCUAAGUCAACGAUUUUCAUUAUCGAUUAUCAUCAACUAUUAUGGAUUAGUUGUUGCAGCUCUAUUUGCAACACAUUAUACUAAGAAUUGUGUGGUAUUUUAAGAUGUUUGUUCAAGGUAAUGCAGUUAAUACCCAUUGCAGUUCUUUAUACUUUGGGUUAUUACUCAGAUUAUAAAUGUAUUUGAGUGAGGACAUUUAUCACCUGUGUGCUUUUUCUGCAUUGUUAUUAGCAUAUGUACUGUAUGAUUUAGUAAAAUAAUCAUUAGCCAUUACGUUGUUAUUCUGAUUACUCUGGGUGUGUGUGUGAGUGAGUUCAUUCUCUUGGGUGUGUGUGCUGUGUGCUGCACUUCCUCUUUUUGGUCAGGCCCUACGCCUUGCUGUAGUUAACUUUUAAGAGACAUUGUCUAUAAGGAAGAGAGCGUGACUCUGCUCUUUCCCUUAUUCUCAAUAA